UGUGAGAAGGAUCGACUUCAUAUAUAUCUCCAGUCAUUUCUCUCUCAACAGACUAGAUUUGUCUCGUCUUCCAUCUUCUUUUUACGUCGACUGUAAUUGUCUUUAGUAGUCAAAAUAGCAACAACAGGCUCAUUGUUUUGGAGACCCUAUUAUAAGAACGGGCAUCUUCUAGUGUCAAGUUAAUUGCUGAGAUACGCAGUAGACAACUGAAAACUAGUUGCCCUAGAAAUCCCCAAGGUCUUUAAGGGCUCCAAUUAGUUACUUUUUCCUUUGUUCCUGUUUUUUCCUUUUGAGAAAAAGGGGGCCUGUAGGUGCUAUGGACAGGAAAGUUAUCGGAGGCCUCGUUAACAGUAUUUCUCGGCUUAUUCAUCUGGUAGCUUGCCAGACCGGUAAAACUCCAGUUGUAAAAGACUUCAGGAAUAUAGUUGACAUAUUAAAGCUACUGAAGCCCAUACUUGAUGAAGCCUUUGGCUCUCCGAUCCCUUCGCAUGAACAACUUGUUAAAGCAUUUGAGGAGCUUGACGAAACUGUUAAUGAAGCUAGAGAAUUCAUGGAGAGGUUGCCUCAGAGGAUGAGCAAGAUAUACAGUGUUCUACAAAGUGGUCCAAUACUGUUGAAAGUACAAAGAUCAUCAAUUGUUAUAUGCCAAAUCUUGAAUAAAUUGUUACAGUCCUCUUCAUUUACUACACUUCUAUCUAGCAUCCAGCACUGCAUGCAGGAACUUCAAUGCGCAGAGCUGGAACCAGUAACUGAACUAAUUGAGAAUGCUCUCAAAGAUCUGAGAGAAAAUGUAAUUCCUAGCUUAGAAGAUAUCAUAAAGAUUGUGGACACUAUUGGUUUGGCAUCAAAUCAAGAACUCCUGAUGGAAAGUGUAGCUCUGGAAAAGGAAAGACUAAAGCUCGAGCUCAAGCAGAAGUCUGAAGAAGCAGUUAUUAUGAAUCAGAUCACCGAUCUUGUCAACCACAUUCGCUAUUGUGUUGCUAAACUCGAACAAUUUGGUUUUAUAAAUGGGAUUCCAAUUCCUUCACAUUUUCGGUGUCCUCUCUCUUUGCAACUAAUGCUGGAUCCAGUAAUUGUUGCCUCAGGACAGACAUAUGAAAGAUCUUUUAUACAGAAAUGGCUUGAUAACGGUUUAAGAGUCUGUCCAAAGACGCGUCAAACCCUUGUUCACACAGAAUUAAUUUCAAACUACACAGUGAAUGCAUUGAUUGCAAGCUGGUGUGAAGAGAACAAUAUAAAGCAAUGCGAUUCUGUACGAUUAGAUCAAAUCACAAAUCCUUUCUUAACAAAUAUUUCGCACAAAGAUUCAUUCUCCGGAUCCUCAGUUAAGUAUUUUGAUCGCUCAGAACAGCAGAGACAUAAGAUUUCAUCUGGAUGUGUCGAAGAAAUUACAGCAGAAAUGACUAAAUUGCAGAAAAGUGAUUCUCUUGAAAAGAAGAGCUCCCAUAGUGAAAGUGAAUCCAUUACAAGUGUCAUUUCCAGCAUUGGGCAAUCAGCGAAGCUUGAUGAAAAAGCUAGGGGAGAAGUCUCCUUUCCAUCAUCCUCUCCUUUGAAUAAAGAAAUAGGUUUUUCUUCAUGGUUUUCUCCAAACCAGGUUUAUCGCUGUAAGAGCGAGAAUAGCAAUAACAUCAUGAAUCUCUCUUCACUUUGCUCUCCAGAAUUCAAUGAUCUUACCACCUCUUUGCAUGUUCAGAAACUAGUAGAGAACCUAAAGAGCCAAAAUCCAGAAGCACAAACAGCUGCUGCAUCAGAGCUAAGACUUCUUACAAAGCACAACACGGAAAACCGUGUACUGAUUGCGAAAUGUUGUGCUAUUGUUCCAUUAGUCUCACUACUCCAUUCCACGGUAAAAACAGUUCAGGAAAACGCUGUUACAGCUCUGUUGAACUUAUCCAUUGAUGGGAAUAAUAAAGUUCUCAUAGCAGAAGCAGGAGCUAUCGAACCACUUAUUUAUGUGUUGGAAUGUGGGACCAUGGAGGCCAAAGAAAACUCAGCAGCAGCUCUCUUCAGCCUCUCUGUAUUAGAUGACUAUAAAGUCAAAAUCGGCCGUUCGAAUGCGAUUAGGGCACUAGUCAAUCUAUUAGGCUCGGGAAGCCCUAGAGGGAGAAAAGAUGCUUCCACUGCUUUAUUCAAUCUCUCCAUAUGCCAUGAGAAUAAGGCAAGGAUGGUUCAAGCUGGUGCGGUUAAGUACCUUGUUGAGCUUAUGGACCCAAGCAAAGGAAUGGCCGAUAAAUCAGUGGCUCUAUUGGCGAAUUUGUCGACAAUACCUGAAGGCAGAGUGGCUAUUACACAAGAAGGUGGGAUUCCUUUGCUUGUUGAGAUAGUUGAGACUGGUUCUCAAAGAGGAAAGGAGAAUGCAGCUUCAGCUUUGCUGCAAAUGUGUCUCCAUAACAACAGAUUUUGUUGUCUGGUUCUGCAAGAAGGAGCCGUGCCGCCUCUUAUUGCCUUGUCUCAGUUUGGAACACCCAGGGCCAAGGAAAAGGCACAGCAGAUUCUCAGUCACUUCCGAAGUCAGCGCGAGGGGCUCGUGCGGAAGGUGAAGACAUGAUCUAUUCUACGAAUUUUGUUAUCUUUCUUAAAAAUUGUUCACAUCACUAUGUGCUGAGUGUGAAGUUUGAUAACUUGGUUUCGUAUGCUGUUGAUCCGAGGCUAGAGAUUCUGAGUCCUUUGAGCAAGAUAAAGCUCGGGUAAACGAGUAGAGGAAACUUACUGGGUAUGAGAAGAGUUUUGAGAUAAGAUGGAUUGUGUUUGGUCCAUAGUUUAGCAUUGUGAAUAUGUACAUAGCCGCAGAGCACUGUGUUGUUGUGUAUUCCAUAUUUGUAGUUUUCCUCAUUAUUAGGAGGUCGUCAGCUCUUUUACUGUUUAUUUUUCGCCUGGAGAAUUUUGAGAAAAACAAAGUAGAUUGUCAAUUAAAGGUUUUUUUUUGUUUUUUUUCUCAUUUCAUGAGGAUUAAUUAACAGACGAAUAAAUUCUUCCGGUA